AUGGCCCGUCACCCUUUUUCCCUCGGCCCAACUAGAAAGCGGUUGCUUCGCAGAUCGCAGGCCCUUACUCGUCGGCUGCCGCUCCCCGCCUCCGCCCGUCUCCCACAGCCACGCCGCCGUCCUCGAGCCGCUCCCCGUCGCCUGAUGAGCCGCCUCCGCCGCGCUCCCCGCCUCCUCCGGGGCCUCUCUUCCUCCUCGGCGGUGGAGGCGGAGGCGCUCCCGCCGCCGCGCCCCUCCGCGGGCCGCCGCGUGGUCGUGACGGGGCUGGGCGCCGUCACGCCGCUGGCGCGCGGCGUGGGCGCCACCUGGGACCGCCUCGUCGCGGGGCGAUGCGCCGUGCGCUCGCUCGCAGCAGAGGACCUCCGCCUUUCGGAGGAAGCGGCGGGGAGGACGCUCGAGCAGCUCCCGUCCAGGGUCGUCGCCGCCGUGCCGCGCGGGAAGGGCGAGGACGAGUUCGACGAGGACUCGUGGACCAAGGAUAAAUCUAUAUCAGGAUUUAUAUCCUAUGCUCUGUGUGCAGCUGAUGAGGCUUUAAGAGAUGCAAAUUGGUUGCCUUCCGAAGAUGAGAAGAAGGAAAGAACGGGAGUCUCUAUUGGUGGAGGGAUCGGAAGCAUCUCAGAUAUUUUAGAUGCGUCGCAAAUGAUCAUCGAAAAUCGUUUACGUCGCCUCAGCCCAUACUUCAUCCCCAAGAUUUUGAUCAACAUGGCAUCAGGUCAUAUCAGCAUGAGAUAUGGUUUCCAGGGUCCAAACCAUGCUGCUGUGACAGCUUGCGCCACUGGUGCUCACUCUAUUGGCGAUGCUACUAGGAUGAUCCAAUUUGGAGAUGCCGAUGUGAUGGUGGCUGGUGGAACUGAGUGCAGUAUCGAUGCUUUGUCUAUAGCUGGAUUUUCUAGGCUAAGGGCAUUGUCUACAAAAUAUAAUUCCUCUCCACUUUCAGCUUCAAGACCUUUUGACUGCGGUAGAGAUGGAUUUGUGAUUGGUGAGGGCUGUGGGGUCAUGGUUUUGGAGGCACUUGAUCAUGCAAAGGAACGGGGUGCAAAAAUUUAUGCUGAAGUUCGAGGCUACGGAAUGUCUGGUGACGCGCAUCACAUAACUCAGCCACAAAAUGGUGGUAGAGGUGCUAUCUUAGCCAUGAAGCGGGCUUUGGACCAGUCAGGUCUUCAUGCAAAUCAAAUUGAUUAUGUGAAUGCGCAUGCGACGUCAACUCCUCUUGGUGAUGCUGUGGAGGUGAACGCGAUCAAAUCCGUCUUUAGCAACCACGCAGCAUCCGGUUGUCUCGCAUUAUCCUCAACAAAGGGAGCAAUUGGCCAUCUGCUAGGGGCAGCUGGAUCGGUAGAAGCAAUCUUCACUGUGCUAGCAAUCCACCACGGAGUCGCGCCGCCUACGCUUAACCUGGAGCAGCCGGACCCGCUGUUCGAAGGGGCGUUCACGCCACUAUCUGCGCCCAAGAAGGCGCCGAUACGAGCGGCCAUCUCCAACUCUUUCGGGUUUGGUGGAACUAACACGUCGCUGCUGUUCUCGUGCCCGCCCUAG